AACACAGCCGCUACUGGACAGAAAACUUACAUUUGUGAGGAAUGUGGUAAAGCCUUUGACUGGCACUCAACACCAUCUCAACACCAGCCAAUGCCUACUGGAGAGAAACCUUACAAAUGUGAAGAAUGUAACAAGGUCUUUAUCCACCACUCACACCUUAUUCAACAUGACAGAAUUCAUCCUGGAGAGAAACCUUACCAAUGUGAAGAAUGUGGAAAGGCCUUUAACCAGCACUCAAUGCUUACUCGACAUCAAAGAAUUCAUACUGGAGAGAAACCUUAUCAAUGUGAAGAAUGUGGCAAGGCCUUUAACCAGCACUCAAACCUUAUUCAACAUCACAGAAUUCAUACUGGAGAGAAACCUUACCAAUGUAAAGAAUGUGGCCAGGCCUUUAACCAUCACUCAAGCCUUACUCAACAUCACAGAAUUCACAGUGGUGAAAAACCUUACAUAUGUAAAGAAUGUGGCCAGUCCUUUAACCAGCACUCAAACCUUACUCGACAUCACAGAAUUCAUAGUGGAGAGAAACCUUAUAUAUGUAAAGAAUGUGGCCAGGCCUUUAACCAGCACUCAAAGCUUACUGAACAUCUCAGAAUUCAUACUGGAGAGAAACCUUACAUAUGUAAAGAAUGUGGCCAGGCCUUUAACCGGCACUCACACCUUACUCGACAUCACAGAAUUCACAGUGGAGAGAAACCUUACCAAUGUAAAGAAUGUGGUAAGGCCUUUAACCAGCAGUCAAAGCUUACUGAACAUCACAGAAUUCAUACUGGAGAGAAACCUUAUAUAUGCAAAGAAUGUGGUCAGGCCUUUAACCGGCAUUCACACCUUACUCGACAUCACAGAAUUCAUAGUGGAGAGAAACCUUACAUAUGCAAAGAAUGUGGUGAUACCUUUAUCCAGCACUCACACCUGACUCGACAUCACAGAAUUCAUACUGGGGAGAAACCUCAAAAAUGA